AUGGACGACAGCGUGGACGUUGCAUCUUCGCUGGAGCUGGUCGUGUGUGACAAAAACCAAUCAUAUUGCCCUCACGACGACAAGGCCAGCCAGCUGCAGUCCGUCUACAUUGGUCAGUCCAUUAAUGUUUUCGUGUUGGUUAAAUACUGCCCAGAACAAGAUCCAAAUUCAGAUUUGGAGGCCUGGCACCGACGAAUAGGUCAGUUGGGUGUACAUGGUUGUUUGACCCCAGCCCCACGACCCGAAGACGACGACGAAGACGAAUCUUCCCUAAUUUGUAAAGAUGCUUCCAUCUCCGAUGAUAGCUGGGAUUUUGGACAGUGCAAAAUAUGCCUGAGUUUUACGGAAGGAUCCGAUUCCAGAACUGUUUCCCUAUUUCACCUGAAACAGAAACCCUACUUUUAUGAAGAGACUGUGUAUGUAAUUCCUUUGAGCCUUAGUCUAACAUCUGUACCAGGAGACUGUAACCAUGUUCAGCUGUCAGUUGCUGUCUGGCUUUCCCAAACUCCAACUCCAACAGAAUGGAUGACACUUGAGAAAGAUUUCUGCCUGAGUCCAGAUUCAUUCAGUGGCUUACCUCCUCCACCAAAAACCGUCACCAAACAGUCAUUGGGUCGUAUAUUAGAUAUUAUUCAACCCCCUCAAGUGAAGUUUCAUCUAACUGAAGCAGCUGGAAAGCAAUUAAUAUUACUUAAAGUGCACAAUUCUACAGAUGAAGAUCUCACAGUUUCCAACUGCUGGGUUUUGCCAAGUUCUUGCCACUGGGCUACAAGAAGUCCCACUGAACCAUCGUGUGAUCACUUAGGCAGAGAUUGUGAUGAUAAUCAUGGUCAGAAAGUGUCACUACUCAAAACCACUAACUCAACAUUCCCUCUUCAGCUCAGUCCCAGAGAAGUUUUCUCCCUUAUCUUCACUAUUCAAGAUAAAGAACUUGAUGGUCCAAACACUUCUUCCUUCUUUGAAAGUUCAUCAUCCUCCAUUUCUGGUAUCUGUUGCUUUUUCAAUGUCACAUACACCAUUUCCAAUAAACUGCAAGAUUUUCUCGCCCUUCGUUUAUAUUGGAGUCCGUCUGCAACUCCAGCUAUAAUGGAAAUGAAAGAAGGUUGUAUAAGGAUUAAGAAACCAAAAGAAAUAACAACCAAUUCUAUUAUUUGUCAAGAUCCUGAUGUUCUUCUGGGGAGUUGUCCUAAAGGUACAACAUUGACAGCUGCUGUAAGAUUCCAGGUCCUCCAACCAGGGUUAUUUGAAGUUGGUCAACAUAUGAAAUUAAACCUUCGAUAUGCUCUACCGUCAUCAACAGACUCUCAGCUCAAUGAUGUGAGCACACCUACUGAUUCAAUUUCCACUCUGUCUCCUGAUGAACAAUUGAUGGCAUCUGAAGAACUGUGGCGGGAACGUAGUGGCAGCACUUCAUCCGUCCGUAGCACUGGCCUCCUUUCUUGUGAUGAGCGACGAAGAUCUUUUGCCACAAAAUCCUACUCUUUUGGAGAUCUGGGACCCGCUUCCUCAACUGACUCUGAUACUGGACGGCAGAAAAAAUUCAAGAAUAUUGAACGAUCACCUAGAGUUCCUCCUCCAAGGCCUCCUCCACCCAAAAGGUUACCAAGGGCUGAGCAAGCAUUGAACAAUCCUCGAAACUUUUUGAAGAAAAGCCACCAAAUCUACAUUCCACAGUUGGAUUUGCCCCUGGGUGCAAUAAACAACAAUAAUCAUCACCAUCUCCAUCGUCAGCCUUAUUCAACUCCUUCAACUCUUCAUUUACUCAGUGAUUUGUGUUGUCUUCUGUUUCCUCCCCUUCUUCUAAUUUGUUACUUGUCUCUCUCUCUCUUUCUCUCUCUCUCUCUCUCUCUCUGUAAUUCAGUCACUAUUAGUGUUUUAGACUUCAUGUGUUGUUAA